GAAAAUGUAUUUGUACCUUUGCUUUUCUGUGGCAUAAAUGAUUAUCUAUAUUGAUACUGAUACAAGUGCUAUUGUAGCUUACAAUGCACAGAUAUCUGGAUAAUUAUAAUCAUGGGACUGUUUAUCUGCGAUUUUAUUGACGGUAUUUUAUGUAGAUAGUACAGAUUAUGGACCAUUGGAUUAGGUCGGAGGGUACCUAACCAGAGGUCGUUAUCUCCACAGAUGGGAGGAGUGGAUAGUGGUAGGAUUUUCAUUUUCAGUGUCCUUUUUGUUCAGAGGAAAUAUUAAUAGGGAUUACAAGAUUUCUUUCCUGAAUGAGUUUUGACCACUCUGUCCAAAUUAUAGCUGAAUUCCCACCACACAAGACUCUGAAGAGGAAAUUCUGUGUAUCAUUUAAAAAUGUCUGAAGAAACAAAUGCCACUGAGAGCUCAGUGAAAGAGCCUGCAGUAACUGCUGCCGAUACACAAAAGAAGGUUGUCAAAAAACCCUCCUUAGAUCCCAAAAAUGACCCCUAUAGAUUUAAAGGUGAAGGGGUGGUGUUUAACGCUAAGCUGAUCGGAGCUAGUGACGUUCCUGAAGCCCGUGGGGACAGGAUGUGUCAGGAAACGAUUUUGGCCCAAAAAAUGGCUGUGAAAACUUCAGGUCAGCAUAAGCAGAGAAUCAUCAUCAAUAUUUCAGAGGAGGGAAUCAAACUCAUUGACCUUAGAACAGCUACAUUAUUACAUCAUCACCCUGUGCACAAGAUAUCUUUCAUCUCAAGGGAUGUAAGUGACAGAAGGGCAUUUGGUUAUAUCUAUGGGACAGAGGAAAAAACACACAAGUUCUUUGGAAUCAAAACGGAAAAAGCGGCAGAGAAUGUGGUAUUGGCUCUUCGGGAUCUGUUCCAAGUGGUGUAUGAAAACAAAAAGAAAGAGAUGGAGGCUGCUAAAAAACAACAGACAGAGCCCACAGAUACGGCAACUAAAGAAGAAACCCCACAAACCGUUGUGAAGCUUGGAGGAGAUUUAACUGCUGAGUCAUCCACAGAUGAUGAACCAACAUCGAAGGAAACACUAAAUGAAGAUGAAAUAGAUGAACCUAUAUAUGAAGUUCCCCCUAACAAUGGACCAGUGGAGAAGGAACCCACAGAUUUGUUUGCUCUGCAGACUGAGAUAGUCAGCAUUGAACAAGGCAUAAAACAGAUCAACAAGAUGGAGUCUCUGUUUGAUGACUUUUCUGCCCCACCCACCUCUGCACCAGCAACCUCAUCUGCAUCCUCCACCACAUCUUCAGAUCCUUGGGGAAGUUCAACAGAGAACACAACCUCAAACAAAUCAGCAAGCUCAGACCUGGAUGAACUUAAUCUAUUCAGCAAUGAACCGGCCCCUGUAAAGAAGAAGGAUGACAUCAUGAGCCUGUUUGGCCCAGGUGGUCAGCCUGGAUUUGGUGGUCCCCAACCACAGCAAAUGUUUGGUGGUCCUCAGCCUGGUAUGGUGGCACCACAACCAGGGUAUGGAGCCCCUCAACCAGGCAUGGGAGGGCCACAGGGAUUUGGAGGACCACAGCCACAGCAAGGGUUUGGAGCAUUUGGACAACCAGCAACACCGUUUCCACCAACUUCCCAACCAAAUCCAUUUGGUGCUCAGCAAGGGGGAGGAUUUGGAGGUCUUGCACCUCCACCAGUUCCCCAAAGGCAACAGAGCACUCCUAAUCCAUUUGGAGGGCAACAACAACCAGCUGCAGCUCCUCAGCAACAGAACUUUUCAUUGUUUGAUGAACCUGUUCUGGCUCCAAUGAAAGUUGAAGAUCCAUUUGCUGCUCCAGCAAAAUCUGCACCCGAGAAAAAAGAUGCUUUUGCUGACCUUUGUAGCAUUGGCACAGCAACUACAGCCAAGUCUCCAAAAGACUUGUUUGCUGCACGCAAUGCUCCUCCAAAAAAAUCUAUAAAUGAUAUGAUGGGGAAAACACCUGAUACAGGUCCACAGCAGGCAAGUGAUCCAUUUGGAAAUGUUGAUGAUACAAGUCUUCCUGCUGCCGUCGAUUUUUCCUCACCAUUUACAUGUAAAUCAUCAGACCCAUUUGACACUUCCUUUCUCAAGUCUUCCCCUGCUGUAAAUAUUCAACCCACCAGUGCUUUAAAUGUGUCUGCUUCUAGCAAUUGCACAGAGGAAUUGACUCUGAAUCAGAAUUGCUUUGAAAAUUCUGAAGACUUUGAUCUGCCUUCACCGCAAGGACCACCCCCUCCCUUGCCAAAUGACCCACCCCCACCUGCACCCCCACCCAGACCAGUUUCUUCUCAUAACGGACAUUCAGUCUCUUCCAUGCCUCUUCCUCCCUCAAGAAUCUCAGAAAAUGUGCCAAAAACUGUGUCACCUUCAUGCAAUUCACAAACCAUUAACGGUAAUACUCCUGUUCCACGGCCUCGACCAAGGACGAAUAUUACGCCAUCACUACCCCCUAGAAACAAUGUCAAUGCACAGGAAGCACCGCCAACAGAGCAAAGCACCAAAAAUUCUCACUCGGAUUCUUUCAGCAGCUUUACUAUAGAGGAUCCAUUUGCAACAAAUGAUCCUUUUGCAGACGCUGAUCCUUUCUGUUCGGAUGGAUUCGGGUCAUCUGGUUUUGACAGUUUAAAUAGUAGUGACCCAUUUGCAUCAUUUUCUAGUCCAAUGAAAGAUGGCUCCAGCACAAAAAAUGGAGAUUUUGUGAGUGAUUCCAGAAAUGAUCCAUUUGCAGUGUUUGAUAGCUCUUUUGGAGACUCGUUUAAUUUUAAAGGUGGUAGUUUAAAGAAAAAGGGUCAUCGAAAAUCUAGUGGUGGUAAACCCAUGCCUGCAGCCGACCCCAAUGAUCCUUUUGGAUUUUUGGUAGCAUCUAAACCAGUCCAGAAUGGCUCUUAAAUGGAUUUUAACCUUAAUUUUGUGUAGGAACCAAUAUAUGCAACAGUCAAUAAAGUUAAGUAACGUCGAGUGAUGGAUGACUGGACAAUCUACAAAAACCUGCUGUGAUGAUGUCAUCAUCGAUGAUGUCACAACAUUAAAGUGCUCUUCUGCUCUGUGCUUCAUUCAGAAAAGUAAUAUAUAAACAAUAUAUAUAUAGAUAUAUCGUCACGUGUCAAUAAUGAUUUGUUUUCCUUUUGUGAUUGUUUUUACACAGUUUACUGCUUUGUUACUGUAGAAUAUAAUGAUUGUGUUACUUUGUUCCUUUGGACUUGUUUGGAGCAAUGAUGAUUGGAUUCAUUAUAUUGCUUGUUGGUUUGUUUGCAAGAUUUUAAAUUAUGAUGAGCCUGUUUACAAACAAAAGAAUAUUGAUGCUUAAUGCAUCAUUGUGAAAUUACCAACUUGGAGAUUAAUACCUGUUUGUUUUUCCUUGAAGGUUUUUAUUAUUUAUUUUUUUUACUGUUAUAGAAAACCACGUGUAUAUCAUCAUUGAAGUCAGAAAAUUAUUUAAGAUUAACAGAUUUUAAAAUUAUGCAAAAGAUAUGGUAUUUGGAGUUAAGAGCAUCUUUUAUUCUGUAUGAAAAGCUCUUAUUUUUAAAGCUUUAUUGUUUCAUUGAAAUUACUUGCUAUUUAUCAACAAGAAAGACUGUUUUGCCAUUCUUCAUGAAACCAUUGGGGGGGGGGGGGGGGGGAACAACAAAUAUUUCCUUCAAUUCAAAGAGUAGUUUGUAGCAUUUGAAACCGGUAUUUUAACUGUGAUAUAUGUGAUUUCAGUCCUGAAGUAGGAUUUUGACAAGUGACGGCACGGUUGUAGUUUUUCAUCUUUGAUAUAAAUUAUCAGUAUUUGUAACCAUUAUGCAUUGUUUAUUAAAUAGACCCAAGAUUUUAAAAGAAUUUUAUUUGCAAGUUUUAUUAGUCUACAGACAGCAUUUUUCAACCACCUAAAGUACACUGUCUUCCACUCAUUUUACCGAGAUAAAGAACAAUACUCCUUACUGCUGAAAAUUAUGCAUGUUUGUUCAAGAAUUCAAGUGCAAUAUAGUAGUGUUUAGAUUAUUAGAUCAUUAUACAUAUGCAAGUAUAUUUGUUUAUUUUUUGUGGUUUGUUGCAAGGUUCCUUUUGUUUGAGAGCUCAGAAUUUUGAUCCCUGUUACAAGUUUCAUAUGUGCAAUAAUAAAGAUAUGUAUUGUUGCUACUCAUUUUAACAGAAAGCACGCCUGUAGUACAAUAAAAUAUAUGAAAGAAUUCUGAGCGUGUUUUUAUUUUUCAUUGAAAUGGUAUGAAUAUUGGCAUAUUUGGCACCUGUGUUGAAUAAUUUAUCAACUGUGCAUGCAAAGUUAAAAUUAUCAAACAAACAUGCCUUUGGAAUAAAAUAUACAACUAUACUACUUCAGGGGAAAAAAUACGAAUUACAAAUACCAGUAUACAUGUAUAUGCAAAGCUUGGAAAACUAGAUUGAUAUGUGUAUACAAAAAUUAUUACUGUUUUCAUUCAAAGCCAAAGAUUCCUAAAUUAAGAUUACAAUAUUUUAAAUGUCAUGAGCAUAUAUACCCAGUUUAAUAAGAAAAGGGUUCUUGAAUAUUGAAUGGACAAUAUUAAGUCUGCUGGUCAUAAUGUGACAGUCUGAUCGGUUUGAAUAUCAGCACCAGAUAGCUUAGUUCUUGGAGCACCUGACCAGAGAUUCAGGGGGCCCAUGUUUGAAUCCUGGUCUGAUCAGUCAAUUGUUUUCCCAUCCCAUUAUAUUUGGUGCUGUGCAAACCCCUAGAACUAAUAGGUUAACUCCUGCCAGAGGAAGAACCUGGGGUGGACUUCGAGGGCAUAGAUCACUUAAAGGGGGAGGAAUGUGAUGGUCAGACUGGUACAAAUACCGACGCUAGAUCUACACAGUGUACAUUAAAGGCAAUGAUAUAUUUUGAAACCUGUGAGGAAAUUCAGUUAACUGUAGAUGUGCAGAUGCAAAUUACUGUAAUUAUGCUACUGAGCAAUGUACCGUAUAUAAAUUGUUAUUGAUGUCCAUUCUCACCUAAACUACCCUGCCCUUUCUCUCGGUGUUGACUUGAAAACAAGUUGUCUCAAAGAUUGUAAGAACAUAGAAUAACUAUUUUAUCAGAUCUUAUAUUACACUUAUUACUAUAUAGAAAUGUAUUGCAUAUCUGAAAUUAUCAAUUCUCUUUCAUUAUCACCUUCAAAUGGAGCAACUUGAUAAAAAAGUACAAUUAAUCUUUGCACACUUUGAGAAAAGUGUAUGACCUUAAGCAGGUGGAAUUUGCAGUAGUUUGAUAAGUACUGAACUAGCAAUUGAUAUGAAAUACAACCGUCAAGCUAUUUUCUGCACCUCUGGGAAUAUUUUAAUGUUUAUAUAACCAAUUUCUGUUUAUCCAAUAACUUCAAUAAAUAAGCUGCAUUCAUUGACACCACCACUUUUCUUUUUUAAAAUGUUAGACAUAAAAGCAUUUUAGUUCUUAGAACAAUUAACCUUAUAGCUGCAGCUUCAAACCUUGAUGCUUUAGUUCUUUCUCAUGCAAAGCUUCAUCAGAUUAAAUGCUGUUGCAUAUAUUUUAAAUUCUGAAAUAAGAGAUAAGAAAAUUGAGUUAUUCCCCUUUUAAAUUGUGGACUAAAACCAGCCUGCUGCAUUUUGGCAGGGAAUUAGAGAUUAUUCUGGCUUUGGUAAUAAGUUUGUUUUUUAUGCCAACAUUUAUAUCCAGAUUAAAUAAAUGGUAAUUGUAAAGUGCUGGGACUCUUAUGCACUCAAACUGCAUGUGCUUAUAAACUUAGUAACCCGACAUUCAACAACAGACAACGUUUAAAUAUAAAAACCCCACAUUUAUUCAAUUCUCAUGAAUAAUUCAUACUUAACAACACAUUUCAAUUUCAGUAACAAUGGAAAUGAAAAGAUGGGCAACCAAGCUUUGAUUUUUUCACAUAAUUAAGUAAAGCUAUCUGCUGAAAAAAAA